CACAAGCACCCUUUGAAGUUAGAUGUCAAGGACCAAAGGAAGUGUAGGUCCAUUACUGAUUGGGGAAAGGGAAUUAAAAUUGCUCAAUGUGGAAAAGGCAACGUGUUUAAUGACUUCUUAUCUCAGUCCGCAUAAAAUGUGUCCUAGAGGUAUCAGGACACACCUGAUAAGAAGUUGCGUUCAUGUUCUGUUCUUGAGCCUGAAGCAAUCCAAAUCUAUAAAACAGGAUUCUGGCAUGGCGCUAUUCUGGCUUUUAUAAUGUUGGGUUCCAAAAUGAGGAACGUAACUAUAUCCAGGGGAUUUUAACUUAAUUCUUCUCCUUAACAAAUGGAUGUUUUUCUCUGGUGUUCUUUAAAACAAAAUGUCCUCAUUUGAGAUGUCAAAACAAAUGCAUGAUGGGGUUGAGGGAAAUUCUAUCCUAACCCAUAAGUCGGAAAAAAGUCGAUAUUGUCCUCUGUAGAAUGAAAAGGAGAGUUAUAAUGAACUUGAUGUGAGAGGGGCUGAAAGGGAGGAACACAACAUGCCACUGUUCAGGUCCAGAAAGCCGACAGAUAGAACAGGGGCUGGCUACCUGUGGAGAAUUUCAUCCUGGGCCAGAAACAGAUCCUAGACCCAGUUUGACUGUGUGACUUCCAGUACACAGAUUCUGGAUAGGGGAAUGUCUGUGCUUUCUGCUUCUCUUCGUGUCUGUUCUUCAUAUUACAGAAUCGGACCAAGAAUGUGCAGAUGAUGUUUCAGAAUGGCUACUACAAUCUGGCCAUCAUAGAGGAACCUGAGAUUCAAGUGCUCAAACUCCCCUACGGUAAAAAAGGAGAAGGAGAACUGAGUAUGUUCAUUUUUUUACCAAAAGAUAUCAAGGAUAACUCCACUGGCCUGGAACAGCUUGACAGCGCACUCACCUAUAAAAAAUUUGUAGAGUGGACCACAAUGACGGAGAUGCAUAAACAAAACGUGAAUGUGUACCUGCCCCGAUUCAAGAUUCAGGAAAGCUAUGACCUUGGGAAAACUCUGCAGGCUAUGGGGAUGCUCGAUUUGUUUGACACUUCAAAGGCUGAUUUAUCAGGAAUGAACGGAAACCGUGAUCUGGCUGUGUCCAAAGCCAUCCAUAAAUCUUACGUGGGUGUUAAUGAAGAGGGCACUGAAGCAGCUGCUGCUACAGGGGUUGAAAUAAUUUAUACAAGUCCUGGGAUGCCUUAUGAGUUUAAGGCUGACCACCCCUUCCUCUACCUUAUCAAAAACAAUGUAACCAACAGCGUUCUCUUUUAUGGCCAAUGUACCUCUCCUUAACUGGAGGGCACUUUGAAACAAUAUAGGAAGACCUACAACCUUGUUGUAGUGAGGAUAAAAGAUAAUAUUUCUCAAGUUUUUUGAAAUUUUGCAAAUUUGAAAUGAGAGAUUUUUGAAUGCAAUGGCUUCUAAGAAAAGUCUCCUAAUACAGUGGCCGCAACCAUACGGCUCCAGUCUGGUGUGGACCGAGUGCCUUUAGCAGCACGUUGGCAGUGGGGAGUUUUUCCUGAGCCCAAGCCAGGGUCAGGCAUCUAGGAGCUGUGCCUGUGCCACUGCCACUGCUUCUCUCAGCCCCCUACCCUCUGGCUGGGGGGGAGAGUGCAGCUUCCCACUGGCUGAAAGCUUUGCCUAUGCUACAACUGAGGGACGGUGGUGGCGAUAAGUGGCAGAGGCCCGGGUGCAGCUAGAAACUGCCCAGCUCUUGCACAACCCCUUGCUGCCUGACCUUGACAUGGGGGCAGGUGCAGGCACAGGCAGAGCUCUCCACCGCCAGUGGUUCUGCAGACUGAACCUGAAUAUGUUGCUGGCCCCUCUUCUAUGAUGUUAUUGUCUUUUGCCUUUAUAUUGCUUAGAACUUAUUGUCUUUAUAUUGGUUAUUAUAAUGUAACCAAAGCAGCUAUCUCCUAAAUUUGAAAUCAUUUUGACUCCA